CUGCUUUCUCCCUCCUAUGACUGGAAGUGAGUCUGUCGGAGCGUCAUUAGUUCAGCGCUGUACUAACAGCUCGGUCUCAUGACUGCAAAGCAUGUCCCGGUUCUACAACGACAACUUCUUCAAGUUUUUGUCCGCCAUUAGAGAGUAGGAGUGUAGUGCGAUAAACUUCUAAAACAGGCUUUUGUUUUUACCGAGUAGAGCACUAUUGUUUAGGUCCGUAGCCUCUUUACUACCAUGGCAGAGUCCGCGCGUGUGCGAGUGCACUAAAGUUUGGUCUCGUACGGAGAACACCUGCCGUGUCCCCGGCUCCCAUCCCUGCUUGUUUGUGCUGCACUCACCCGCCGACAUGACCCUCGGCGCGGUGUCCGACAGCUCGUCGGCGGUCGGCUUUUGCUCAUGCUGCGGGGCGAAGAUGGUGCCUUACUUCAGCGACGACGCGGUGGUGUCCAAUAAUCAAAUCAACCAGCUUAUCAGCGAGAGCUUCCUGACAGUAAAAGGUGCGGCCCUCUUCCUCCCAAGAGGAAAUAGUCCAACGCCAAACUCUGCCCCUCGUAUUAGCCAGCGCUGGAACAAGCACACAGGGGAUCUCCAGAAACAUCUCCAGACUAUGUUCACUGUGCUUAGGCCAGAAGACACGAUCAGACUGGCUGUACGUCUGGAGAGCACCUACCCUCAGGUAACCCGCUACAUGGUGGUGGUCUCCACCAAUGGUCGACAGGACACGGAGGAGAGCAUUGUGCUCGGCAUGGACUUUUAUUCCUCGGACAGCUGUUGUUCAGUGGGUCUGGUUCUACCUCUGUGGAGUGACACUCUGAUCCACUUGGAUGGAGACGGAGGUUUUAGCGUGUCAACUGUGAAUCGAGUUCAUGUUUUUAAGCCUGUAUCAGUUCAGGCAAUGUGGUCAGCUCUUCAGUCACUCCACAAAGCGUGUGAGGUGGCCCGUUGCCACAAUUACUACCCAGGGAGUCUGUUCCUGACAUGGGUCAGCUACUAUCAGAGCAGGAUCUCCUCCAACCAGUUCUGCAUCAACGAGUGGAACGCUAUGCAGGAUGUUGAGUCACACCGAGCCAAUUCACCUGUUCUCUUUACAGACUUACCCACAGAGAGGGAGCGCACGGAAAGACUGAUCAAGAUGCGCCUCAGAGAGAUUAUGAUGCAAAAGGACUUGGAGAACGUGACCUGCAAGGAGAUUCGUACAGAGCUGGAGAUGCAGAUGGUGUGCAACCUGAGGGAGUUCAAAGAGUUCAUAGACAAUGAAAUGAUUGUCAUCCUAGGACAAAUGGACAGCCCCACUGAGAUCUUUGAACACGUCUACCUGGGCUCAGAGUGGAACGCCUCUAACCUGGAUGAGCUGCAGAACAGCGGCGUCCGCUACAUCCUGAACGUGACCAGAGAAAUAGACAACUUCUUUCCGGGAACAUUUGAGUACCACAACAUAAGAGUGUACGAUGAAGAAGAAACCAACCUGCUGGAGUACUGGAACGAAACCUACAAGUUCAUCACUAAAGCCAAGAAAGCCGGGGCCAAGUGUCUGGUUCACUGUAAGAUGGGUGUGAGCCGCUCUGCCUCCACCGUGAUCGCCUACGCCAUGAAGGAGUACGGCUGGACGCUGGACGAUGCCUUCGAGUAUGUGAAAGAAAAAAGAGCUGUCACCAAACCAAACCCUUCCUUCAUGAAACAGCUUGAAGAAUAUCAGGGAAUUCUGCUCGCCAGCAAACAGAGGCAUAAUAAACUCUGGCGCUCCCACUCUGACAGCGACUUGUCAGAUCGACCAGCACCGUUAUGUAAAUCCUCCUCACACUCCCAGAGCAACAACAACAACUCCUCCUCCUCUCCCUCCUUGCAUCACUUCCUGGGUGUGGCCGUGCUCCGAACUCUGGCUUCUGAACCCGACGGCUCUGCAAAGUCGACCCCCGACCUCCGCGCACGCUGCAACGGUGCCUGCGACUCCCCGGUAGAGAAGGUGCCCGGUACGGAGCGUGACGCAAUCCUCCUGUCGUCGGGUGUCGCUGACACGGCAACAUCAGUCAUCGCUGUCAAAGUCCCUCCUCCCCCACCCUCGCUCAGCAUCCUGCCCUCAACUCCCGAACUGCAGCAUGCUCACAGCACAGGCGCAGAGAAUAAAGCACCGGAACUACUUCUUCACUUCCGGAAGCAGAGCAGCUCCGACGACCUUUCCCCCGUCACCAUGAUGUCCCAUGACUCCGAUACGUCAGAACAGUCGCCGCCGGACACGCCGCGUGACGACAACAGCCCGCCGAGCCCCGUCAGCGGCGUCCACCUGACAACGCCGCCGCACAGCGACGACAACAACAACCCCAGCGAGUUACGGGCGAGCGGCGCCACGGACGGACGCGGGGAAGCCGACGGCUCGUCGAGCCACAGCUCGGACAACAUUGACUUCCACAGCGCCAGGGAGAAGUUCCUGGGCUUGGCCCAAGAGGAUAGAACACAGAGAUCACCCGAGCAGAGGACCGCGUCGCUGGACAGUGAAGAAGAGGAGGUUAGCGGACAAGGAACAAGUCAGUCCGACAGCGACGACAAGAUCAGCCCGCACCUCCCUCUCCAUGACAACGCCAUAUCCGUCCGCCAUAUCGUCACUGAGAUCGAAGCCAUAAGCCACACAGCUACUUCCGCGGCGUCCCCCGCCGGGUCCUCGCCGUCGCCCAAGUCGCCCAGUCUUCAGGAGGAGGCGGAGACCGGAGAGACUCCUCCCACGCACCCGCAGUCCCCCUCCAUGCUGCCGUGCGAUUUGCCGGCGGGCUCGGUGCGGCGGGCCACCGAGCAGCUGGAGUUGAAGCUGAGGCAGGAAAUGGAGACGGCGGCGGCAUCGCAGCGCUCGCCGCUGCCAUCCCCCUGCCUUGAACAACUUCCUGUCCGAUUGUACUCACUUCCUGUCCCUCAGCGCACCACAAAGGCAAGCGCUGAAGAGUCUCAGGAUGAAGACAACCUGCCAGCGCCUGCACACGACUCAUCAAGUGAGCGCUCCAGAAUCCUUCUAGAAGGCGUCACGGUCCAAGAGUCAGACCCGGACGACGGCCAAGAGUCACAUGACAGGAAGGGAGGCUGCGGCCCCGACUGCGACGCCAACAACCGCCUGGUUCAUGGCGGCCGGGAGCUGGAGCGGAUCCAACAAACCUUGAGAGAACUGCAAGCGUUCCUUCACGAGGGCGUCGGCCUGAAGAGGCCAGCCAAUCAGGAUCAAGACCGGGGGAAGCCCCACCCCCUGAGGGACACAAUGGAUGUGGAGGUGACGCCGUGCUCAGUGGCGCCGCCCGCAGGCGUGGACAUGUUGCAACGGCUGAAAGAAGACGGGAAGAUCUUCCUGCGGCCGCUCGGUUGGCAGCGAGCCAUGGAGCUGGACGCUCGCAUCCGCCAGGCGGGCCUGACCCCGCCUUCCCUCAUGAAGAGGUCCGCCUCCUUGGCCAAACUGGACUGCUUGGAACUUUCCGCCACCGACCUCAGCGACCUUGACCUGAGGCAGCGCGGCAGGACCGCCUCGGCGCACUCCCACCACUCUGUCGCCACGUCGCCGACUCACUCGGACGACACGUGGAAGAAGCAGAAAGUCCUGACCCGGAACGCCCGGCGCGAAGCCACGCCUUCAUCCCGCGAUGACUCGCCGCCUGGUUCGGGAGCGGAGAGGGCGGAGCUAGACGGCUGCGCUACGUCUUCGCGUCCCCAGGGGCGUGGCCACAUGUCCAGACGGUCGAGGAAAGCGAGCGAGAAAAAAGCGCGUGCUGCCACGCUGCUUUACAACACCAUGUGACCUCACGACUCAGCAGCACGUGUGCCAAUCAUGUAGCAGGUGUGCGUGCGUGUCUGCAUGUCAACUACUGGAUCUUUCAACUGGAUCAUGCACACAAACUGUGUUUUGUUUUUUAUGCUCGUGUAUAUUUGUCCGACUCCAAAAUGAGGGCUUCUUCUCAAACAUGCACUUUACUCUCAUCUUUUAUUUGAUGGUGUUGCACUGAUAUUGUUUCUUCUGUGUUCAUCAUGUCAACACACCUGUCUUUAACACACUUUUUAAUUUAACGAAGACAAAGCUGGUAUGUUUGUUACAUGUGUUUUUUAUUCCGUGCUUUAGCAAUUAAUAAAUAUCAUGGCUUUGUUUUGAA